CAGACACACACACACACAUUUCUAUCUGCUCCUCCAAACCCCUGCGCCCGAAUGCCCAUGGAACAUGAUGAGCAUGACGAACUGAAAUUUUCUCUUAAAUCAGAGAGAUCAGAGUGAUGUCUCUCUGCAGCUCAGUGAUGAAGACUCUGGUUUUCUUCAUCUGUUCUCUUCAUCUUUCAUCAGCAGUCACACACUCGCUGCAGUAUUUUGUUACUGGAGCUACACCUGGAAUAAAUUUCCCAGAAUUCAGUGCUCUUGGUCUGGUGGAUGGACAGCUGAUUGGCUACUAUGACAGUGACACCAGGAAUCUGACCCCAAAGACAGAGUGGAUGCAGAAGGUGAAGGAUGAUAAUCCAGAUUACUGGAAAACACAGACAGAGAUUGCGCAGUAUGGACAGCAGAUCUUCAAAGACGGUCUGCAUACAGCAAUGCAGUUGUUUAAUCAGACUACAGGAGUUCACACAGGGCAGAGGAUGUAUGGCUGUGAGCUUGAUAACGGAACUGUAAGAGGAUAUGAUCAGUUCGGUUAUGAUGGAGAAGAUGCCAUCAGUCUGGAUCUGAAAACUCUCACAUGGACUGCAGCUAAACCACAAGCUCUGACCAUCAAGAACAAGUUGGAUCCUGAUGGUAUUUUAACGAUAACAGUGAAGGACUUCCUGGAGAAUACAUGUACUGAGUGGUUAAAGAUGUUUGUGUCUUAUGGCAGAGAGACUCUGGAGAGGAAAGAUCCUCCUACAGCAUCAGUGUUCCAGAAACACUCUCCUUCUCCAGAGGUGGUGUGUCACGCUACAGGUUUCUUCCCCAAAGCAGUGAAUAUCACCUGGAGGAAGGACGGAGAGGACGUGAACGAGGACGUGGAGCUCAGAGAGACGUUACCCAACCAGGAUGGAAGCUUCCAGAAGAAAAGCAUUCUGAAAGUCCCAGCUGAGGAUCUGCAGAAACACACCUACACCUGCGUGAUUCAGCACAGCAGCUUGAAGGAGGAGUUAGUCCUAGAAGUACCAAAAGGUGGAGGACUGAUGCCUAUCAUCGUUGGUGUUCUCGUGGCUCUCGUUGUUCUCGUUGCCGUUGUUGCUGGAAUUAUGGUCUGGAAGAAGAAGAACUGGCUUCAGGCACUCUUCAGAAGCCUCUGAAGAGUCUUCCUCCAACCACUUAUAAAGUGUGACUGCGUCUUCCUGCUGAACUGAGAGAGAGAGACCAGGAGAUGGAGAUGAGGACUGUGGUUCAGUGAGAAAGUCACAUGACUAACGGUUAAUCAGAGAACAUGUGAUUAAUCACUAAAUAAUCUUUUGAUCACAUGACUUCACUGCUGCUUAUAUUUUAAAGAUAUUUACAGUACUGUGCAAAAAUUUUAGGCAGGUGUGAAAAUGCUGUAAAGUAAGGAAGCAUUCAAAAAUAAAAAUGUUGAAGUUUAUUUUUAUCAAGUAACAAAAUGGAAAGUAAAUGCACAAGAGAAAUCCAAGUGAAGGGUUUGUUUACCUUCUACAAUGGCGAAAACCCCAAAUAACAUGGACGUUUUCAUACUAUAAACAUGUUACAAACAGACAGUCUCAGGACGACGCCACUAUGCAACAGCUUCAAUCUUACCUGGAUCAGUUGCCACCACCUCAGCAGAUAUAACAUGCCAUGUUAUACAAAACAUUUUAUCUCUGGCUUGAAGAAUGAACAUUUCUCUAGCUUUGCCUUGAGUCCCUCCCUCUCUAGGUGACCCAAGACAAUCUCCAACUUCUCCAAGUGCUGGGUUACAGAAGAGGAAUACACAAGAUCAAGAGGAGCAGAGGACUGAAUGCUGAUCACCAAACAGCUGCUCCAUUAACCUCUGGAACAUGCUUGGAGCAUUAAAGCCCAAAAGGCUUAUAGUUCCACUCAAAUAAUCCAAACGGUGUACAGAAUGAAGUCUUUGGUCUAUCCUGCUCAGAAACAGGGACCUGCAGAUACCCACUAGCCAAAUCCAAAGUAGAAAACCAGCGGGCCCCGGCUAACAAAUCCAGAGACUCCUCGAUACGAGGUAAGGGGAAUGCAUCUUUCCUAGUCUUGGCAUUCAGGUGCCGAUAGUCAACACACAUGCGCAGACUAUCGUCCUUCUUAAUGAGCAUAACUGGUGAUGUGUAAGGACUACUACUUUCACGAACUAUGCCAGCUUACAACUGAUUGAUAUGAGUUUUUACCACCUCAUAUUCAGAAGGAGGGAUCCGUUGAUAUCGCUGACACACUGGGACAUGGUCUAACAAGGGGAUAUCAUGAGAAAUAAGGUGCAUGCAACCUAGAUCACUCUCAUGACCUGAAAACACUGCCUGAUAUUUCUGCAGUAGGGCUCUAACCUGACCCUGCUCUGAACUCGACAAAACAGACAGAUCGAGAGACUAUCUGCUGGGACAAAGAUAAGUCCCCCACACUAUGGGACUGAACGGUGGCCACUACUGGCUUUUCUUCAAUGAUGCCUGCUGGUAAACUAAUGACAAACCUCCCUCAAAUUACCCACUACAGUGGUAGGGUGAAGCAUCACAUCCACAUUGCCGACAUUCACCACAGGCACAUAUACUGAACUACUCUCACCAAAGCAGGUGAUGCUAAAAUCUCAGCUGGGAGACCCAACUCAGGAGGCUCAACAAAACUAUGUCCAACGUACUGGGCAGAACAGGUUGCGGCCACCAACUUAAUCAUGCCACCUGGGAUGUGACACACUACGUCCCGGCACCUGCACACAUCCCACUUGAUUGGAAUGUUUAACACUUACUUGCUGACAAUAUUGCAUCACUCUUGACACACCUGGUGUUUGUGUAACUACAGGUAGGUCAAAGAGGGCAGUGCCAUGCUGGCGAAAGAGCUCCUGAUAGCACUGGCUAAGGAUGUUCAUCCCUAACACCCCAGGAACACUUGAACUCAAGCCACCAGGAGGAUCUCAAACCACCAGGACACCACACCCCAUGACCAACUGGCCACAAAGUUCUACAUCCAGCACCAAAUACCCAAUAUAAGGAAUUGUAAGCCCAUUAGCUGCACGAAGCUGUAGCCACUGACAAUUCUGGAGACGAUCUUGACCCCAGGGUUCAAAGUGGUGUCAAACAACUUUCAGUAAUUGUGGACACCAUAGAACCUGUAUCCACUAAGCAGGGCACUGAAACACCCCCUAUCAGCGCAACCACAUGUGGACAAGCAGAGAUCAAAUGGGAAACGGAGCUGUAUACACCUAUCCUGCUUGAGUCAUUUACUUCUAAAACUAGUUUUCAGACGGUUGGGACUGUCCUCUCUCUGCUGUAGAGACCUGCAGCAGGCUGGGAUGGGUGUGGAAAACGUCGUUCCCCGUCACAUUCUCUGGCAAAAUGACCUUGUCAUUGACACAGUCUACAUAUAACUGGACCAGAACGAGGGGACAGACUAUGGUUAUGUGGUGUUUGAAAAUGGGCAAAGGUUUGAGUAAGUAGAUUCAACUGCUGUUACUGCUUCAACAUCUCUCAAUUCAGCCAUCUCCGACUGCUGUGAUGACCUAGAAGUGUCAACCACUGUCCCUCCAUGUACCCCAUACUGAAUACCAAAAGCUAAAGGAACAGACUGACUACGCCCCCCUUGCCCCCUAGGCAUCCCCUCUUGUUCCCACCUCAUAGUUUCACUACGGACAUCUAAUAACAUAGCAGUAGGCUGGCGACUAACCAACUGCUUAAGUUCCCAUCUCAGUGAACUAUCAGCAACGUGCUCAACAAAUUGGCCCUGCAAAAAACAUCCACAUUACAAAUAGCAUUUGGUGCCAGAUUCUUAACCCUUUCCAAAAGACCCAUCACUGCAAGAGAAUAUUCUAAGAUACUCACCUUGUUUUCUAGAAAAGGCGGCCUCUUGCAAUGCUACAUAAGACUGAGAGCAACCAUAAAGAUCACAGCGCUUUAAUAGUCUUGUCAGGGUCUCAACGUUCUACCUCAGGACGAUACCUAAUCUCAUCCCGGACCUCACCCUCCAAGUGGUCAAACAAGAAGAAAGCCCGGUCUAGAGCUGACAUGACAUAACCUCAUGCAUACCUGGGCCUCAUCAACCCAUUCAUCAAUACUUGAACCUGAUUUACCAUUAAACAGCACCAGAAGGUUGGGGUUGGGGUGUAACAGGUGUAGCACUAGAGGAAUUAGGCAAAGCUGCCUAAGGAACAGGCAAACCACCCAAAACCUGCUCCUGCUGCAACCUUGCAUUGUCAGCUCUUAACUGGGCAACCAAAUCUCUCAAUUCUUGUAAUUCAUCCUCCAUUUUAGAACAUUUUCUCCUUUCUUUUAUUAAAAAAAAAAAAAAGAAAGGAGAAACUUACCACUGCAAAGAAAGGGCUACCAAUAAUACAAAACUCGAACACCACACUACUGUUCUGUUUCCAAAAACACCAAAUCCAAAAUGCAAACAAUUGAAUAAAGCAACAAUGUCUCUGAUACCAAUUUAUAGUGAUCCUGCCGACUAGGCCAGUAUGUGGCAGGAGUGAGGGGUAAGGAAAAGAGGUUGAUAAAAGCUAUGAGUUAUCAGAGAAACAACAUCACGCUAUCUGGCUACACCACCUUAGGAAUUUCACCCAAGGAAUUAACAAUGCACAGGUUCGAAUCACUGAUAUUGGUCAGAGACAUUGGCCACAAUUCAACAAUAAGUUUGACAAUUCACAUUAAAUAAAUACAACUGCAUUCAUUUCUUCAUCAGUAGAGCACAAAGGGUCAACAAAAGGUCAAAGCAGGGAACUGGAGCCCAGAACAGAGGCAGAGGGUUAGACUAACCACUCCACAAACAUACAUUCCUUGCACACACACACACACACACACACGUGCAGAUGAUCACAACACAUGGUGAGGAAAACACCACCACCACCGACGGACCAGUCCUCUACACCAGGUGCCCAGGCCCUAUGAAGACAAAGAAGAUACACGUCAAUGGACAGAGCAAUGAAAUAACCUUUCACUGAGUCUGUCAGUCUCAGCUAACCAAAUUUACAACAAAUACAAAAAAACAAUAAACAUUUACAAACCAAUAAACCCACUCAAAUCAUCCACAACAAUCCAAACAUAAAAUAAUGCAAAAGUAAAAUAAUAAAAAAAACAAUUCAGUAAAUCAAAAUGUUCAACCAAAACAAAAUUAACAAAAAUACAGAAAAAAAAUACAAAAAUAAAGUAAACAGUUAGCUGAAGCUAGAGUAAAACUAGACUAGAGUAAAAUUACAGGCCUUCCUGGGAAACCUAUAGGAAAUGAGACCAUUAGUAUUACCUCAUGGAAUUAGGCCACCCAAUCCAGAAUAUACAACCAUAUUAAAGCUUACAUACCAAUCGUCAAAUCCUUUAAAAGGAAGCUUUCCAUAGGAAAUUAAAACAGGAAAAUCCCAAUCUGGCGGCUGCAUCAGGCACUCAUGACUAAAACAUAAAAAAAAGGAAAUCCACAGGAUUCUAAAAUGUAUGCCCGUGCUUCAGAAACAUAACUCAUUAUAGCUGCAAGCUGUUAACAAGCAUUUACCCACAUACAUCCCAUACCUUCUCUGAUGUCCACAUCCGGUUUGUACAAUAAUGACAGUGAC